AUGCGAUGCGCGAGCAAGGCCGCCGAGAGCGCGUCCGCACGUCUCUGUGCGGACGCCGAAGCAGAAACCACAGUAACUGAUGUCUCAUCGGUUGCUGAAGCGACUCAGCCUGUGUCACUUAGUGAUGCAGGCGCUGGUCAUGAAGACACUCAUGUCUUCACAGAGUAUGAGCUCGGUGUCUCGUACUCACCUGAUACGGAAGACGGAUCCGUAUCGACGGCGAUCGAAUCCAAGCCGCCUGCCAAGAGUGGCAUGGAUGAUGCUAUGCGUCGUAGCAUCUUCGGUUCAUCUGAUUCAUCAGAUGAACCAUCGCCGAAGCGAAGGCGCUCGAGGUCGCGAGACUCGGGCGCUAACAGUGGUGUCGGUUCUCCUAUGGACACCACUUCGCAACGAGGUGCCAGUCCUUCCGUCGGCACGUCGCAGAAAGAGCGGGACCGCAAUGUCUUGCGUCUCGCUCCCGAGAAGAAGGCAUGGAUGCCUCCAAAAUCUGUCAUGGGUCACUUAUCGGCGAUGACGAGUGAUCGUUAUCGAACACGGUUGUUCGAUUCGUCAAGGAUCCAUCACAUGACCCCCCCAGCGCGAAAAGCGUACGCACUCGGUAUGCCCCCGUUGGUCCGUAUUGCUACGCAUGUAGCGGCUCCAUGUCGCGUAGUUGUCGCCGUCGAACUUGUCAACGGAGAUCUUGGUGGUGGCAUCAUGAGCAGAGGACAUCGUGCUUGGGCUCAUAACCAGAUGGAAGGUGUGAAGCUUGACGACCGAAACUGGGAGGGAUGCUGGGAGUCCACUCGGAAGACCGGAGAAGACACUUGGGGGGUAGAUGGAAGAUUGUAA